CACAGUGGAUAGAGUUAGUUAGCUAAUCACGAGUCCAAGCUGCUAACAAAGCCUUACCUCACUUAAGAAGCUAGCUAACUUUAAUUAAAAGUGAACUUUACGGAUAGUGCAUGCUGCAUUCCCUCUGGACAGUGACGACAGAGACGCGAUGCAACGCUCUUGUUAAUGUUAGCUCUACAUCUGUUCCCAUAGAGCUAGCUGAGCUUACGUGGCGAUCCAGGAAACUACAACUAACAUAAGAAAAUAAGAAACUGAAAAACUGACAGCGAGGGAAAGCGGAGGAUGUAUAAAGUGAAGCAGGAACCCCCUAAAUUUCUGCCACCGGAGUGGUGGCUGACAAACCGGGCUCACUGUGUGAGCGCCGAGGCGGAAUGUUCACGGUCUGAGCGGCUCAUCGCCGCGAGCCGGGUUGUGGUGGAAGAAAGUAACAAGGCUGCACAACGCAUGCAACAGGAUGCCAAUAAGAAGCUUGAGCAAAGGCUCGAGAACAUCAGGUUCUGGAGGCAGGAGCUGAAUAAGAAGCUGGAAGACAUGACAGAGGAGAUCGAGGUUCUGAUCACCUUUAGGACCAGAGUGGAGAAGGCCCUGGAGAGCUGCUCACAGCCCCUCCAGGUCAUACUGCAGUGUCUGUCUGAGAGGGAGAAUCAUGUGGGCAUUGACCGGGUGCAUGAUGAGGUGGAGAGGGAACUCAUCAAGGAGAGGGAGGUGACGGAGGGGGUGAUAUCACUGCUGCAACGUACACUGGAACAGACCAAUGAGCAGAUGAGACUAAACCGUUCUGCAAAGUACUGGCUAGAGAAGGAUCUUCAGCAGAAGUUUCAGGCAGAGCAGAUUGAUGAUCGCUGUUCCGUCCUCACUAACGCCUCACCGGGCCUGAGCCAGACCGAGAAGCUGCCCUGCUCUGCUCUGAGCACCAGUGUGACGCCCGAGGGCUGGGAGACUUCCUCCGACAUAAAUAUCUCCAAGGCGGAGAAAGAGAGGAACGCCUCUGCUUCCCUGAGGACCCUCAUACACCGCGUGCUGGGGCAGACAGCCGAGGACAUGCGUGGCCAGCACCGGGCCGCCGCCUCUGCCCUCCAGCUGCGCGUCCAGGAGACCAAGGACGCCAAGGAGCAGAUCGAAGACCGCCUUCACAAAAUUCAGGCAGAAAUCGCAAACCAGGAGAGGAGCCUAGAAUCCCUUGCAGUGUCCCUCCAGGCCAAGCAGGGGCCGCUGAAGGUUGCGCAGACACGUCUGGCUCUGCGCAGUCAGAGGCCCAAUCCUGAGCUCUGCCUGGACUCUGCGCAGAUUCAGCUCUCCGCAGAGGUCCAGGACCUGUCUGCCCACAUGGAGAGGCUGAACGCCAGCCUAUCGCAGUCAGAGAUGGAGCUUCGGGCAUUGACCCAGAACCAGCUGUCGCUAGAAGAGCAAAUUCAAGGGAAGUCAAACUCCCUCUACAUCGAUGAGGUCAUCUGCUCAUCACUACACCAGUCCAUUGCAAUUCACAGUUUCUGACGGGACCAAGGGCCGAAUCUUAAACUCUGUAUUUUGAGGACCGACGUGUAGACCAGCACCACUUGACUCCAGGUACAUCAUCUGAUUUCACUAAUGGCCUUACUUCCUGAAUCAAGCAGGUAAAAUAGUUAGUGAAAUCAGGUGAUGCAGUGAAUGGUAAGAGUAAAUACCUGGGGGGUGUACUAUGAAGCUAGAUGACGGGGUUAGCGAGGUAACUUGAGCUAUAACCCUGGGUUUCCCGUACUACGAAGCUUAGUUACUUUAAAUCGGGGCAUAUCACCGGGGCAAAGCACGCUGCAUGGUUCUGAUUGAUGGUUCAGCAUAACCUGGUUUAGGGCAGGUUAUGUUCAGGCUAUCGGCUUGAAACGUGUAAAAGCAGCUUUGACCAAUCGACUCCUUGGAAAUGGAGGACAUUCCCGUAGAGCUCGGGGGUGUUUUCAUUGGGCGAAGACCAAAUGAAUCGGCUGGAUUUUUUCAUGGUUACACAAUAGGAAAAAUUUAAAAUAGAUUCUCAACAGAGAAAAUACAGUAGCCCACAUGAUGCAAGCUUCAUGAACCCUGUGCGUCAAUAUCUACUUCCCUUAAUUAUACAAUUUUUGACUUUAAGAAUAAACUUUAGUUUAACGUGCACAGCUCUUGGUUAACAAAGGCUGUCUUCAAUUAGCACGUUGGUAACCACCCCCCGGAGUUGAGUAGUGCUGGUGUAGACAGAGGACUUCAGUGUGGCCUGGAACACAUAUCUGAUUCUGGAAAACUUAAGAAUGAAUCAUGAACAUUUAAAUGAAUGUGUCUUCACAUUUCCACUUAUCUUUUCAUUACUUGGCUUGUAAAGUAGAAUGUAAUUAAAGGACAUGUCAAAGGCAAAAUCAGUGACAUUUCUUUGAGUACUAAUCCCAUACAUUUACAACAUGGAAAUAUGCAUUAUUUGUAGCAAUUGAAUGAAUUUAAUGCGUAAUUGUGUAUCGUUCAUGGAUGUUGGCGUGUUUGGACUGUCGCAGCAGCUCAGCAUUGUGAGGAAGUAUGACAGGAAAAUGCUGCAUAACAUCAGACAAGACAUAAAAAUGUUUAAAGCGUAGGGUAAUAAUGUGUAAGUGUAUUACACCAUUACAUACUUUGGUGUGUAAGAGUGUGCAUGAAAGCAUGAAUGAGAGGUGCUUUGCGUAAAAGCGCUAUAUAAAUGCAGUCCAUUUACCAACCAUGACUGGGUACAUUCCCCAGACAGUUUUUAUUUUGAGGUGCAAUCUUAUGCAGCCUAAUGACUAAAUUUCAGGUUAGAGCAAUUGUUUUGGAAAUCUUACACUAUCGUACACGAAAAAGACUGGGUAAUAGCUGCAGAAUUGUGUUUAUCAUCACUUAUUAUAUCAAUCAGAAUACAGAU